CUUGUGUUGGACGAUGACGGUAGUGGCAUACUCUCUUUCUUUUCUGUCGUUCUGAGUGUUAAGAUUUCUGGUGGUGGAUUGGACUGUUCAGUGUUUUUUUACUUUUCUUGAUUUACGUGAAAGAAGUUAGAUAAGAACAGCAAGAUGAGCAAAGCGCACCCCCCUGAGUUGAAAAAGUUCAUGGAUAAGAGACUAUCAUUGAAACUGAAUGGAGGCAGACUUGUGCAAGGAAUUCUUCGGGGGUUUGAUCCCUUUAUGAAUCUUGUGAUAGACGAGUGCAUAGAAAUGACUGUGGGGGGACAUCAGAAUGCAAUUGGGAUGGUGGUUAUAAGAGGAAACAGUAUAAUAAUGCUGGAAGCUUUGGAACGAAUACUGUGACCAGCAUCCUAAGAGUGAAGUUGUGGUGUUCUUGGUAAAGAACUUUGGAUCGGUUGGAAUGAAACAUUGCUUAUUGUCCAGUCUUGAGUACGUCAUUUUAAGUACUGUUCUGCUGUAUGUCAUCCCCUGUUUCAAAAAAUAUGUAUGUGACCACACAGUUUACCCCCUAUGUCAUGUCCUUUUAUUUUCUUAUUUAAAGUUUAUCCUACAUUAAAAUAGGAUCCUGUUGCCUUGUCUGCAGCUGAAGUCAAGGUUCCAUGCUGGCAAACCAAGUUGAUAAAACAAAAGUCAUGUAAACGAGGCUGCUCAGCAAAGGAUCAUGGUUUCAGGCAUAUCUUGUUAAAGGUUGAAAAACAUGUUUUUCUCUGUUUUGAAGUAGUGUUUUUUAAAUAAAACUUUGUUUUUGGUAA